UGUGUCUGUGUAUAGAGAUAAUCCCAAAAGAGAGAGUUAGCCUGACAAAAUGCAAAUGAGUAAAACGUUUGCUUCACCGAGAGGCAAAAUUACAAUUUCCAGAAUCCGUUCGAUCACACCUCCGAUAAUCACGCCCUAACCCAAGUUCAAUCCUAACCCUACCGCCACUGCGGAUAUGGACUCGCCGCCGCCGCCGCAACCGCAACCGACAAAUACUGCCGCCAUAUCUGGGGGAAGCACUGGUAAGCUCCGGCUGAUGUGUAGCUACGGCGGACAUAUUAUUCCGCGGCCUCAGACAAAGUCCCUUUGCUACGCCGGCGGGGACACCCGUAUCGUCACCGUCUCUAACGCCGCCGCCUCGCUCAACCUCUCUUCCCUAACUACCCACUUGGCGGCCACCCUCAACGUUCACUACCCUUUCACGCUCAAGUACCAGCUCCCUUCUCACGACCUCGAUUCUCUGAUUUCUCUCUCGACGGAUGAAGAUCUUCAAAUCAUGCUCGAGGAGCACAAUCGCCUGUCCGCCUCCCCUCCCAGUUCCCGCAUUCGAUUGUUUCUCUUCCCCACCAAGCGGCCGCCGGCUCUUCCCGACGAGAGCAGGCAGCAGAAAGCGGAAGGCGGGUGUUGGUUCCGGAGUAAGUUAGAGCGAGAACAACCCGUGUUACAGCAUCCGAAGACAGAGUCUUGGUUCGUGGACGCUUUGAGGAGUGCGGGGAUUAUGCAGAAAGGUGGAUUGGAGGGGCAGAUUGAGGGUAAUAAUAGCGGUGGACAUGAGUCGAUUUUUCUGGAUACUAGUUCGUCUUUCGGGUCGACUUCCUCUUCUGUUUCGUUGUCGAAUUUGCCACCCAUUAAAGCAAAUGGCGAGGAAAGUGUUGCUAAUUUGAUUGAUAAUCUGCCAAAAUUUUCUUCACCAGAACGAGUUGCAAGUGAGACUAGUGUGGCAACAGCCAUUUCUCAAGCAGAGACCCCUGGUUAUAUGGACCAAAUUAUGAGUGUUCCUGCAAUGGAUAAUAAGAUUUCUACAAACCCUUUUGAAACAGAGACCAAACUGCAUGAUAAUCCCUAUGGAACCCAGAUGAAUAAAUCAAUUCCGGCUUCUGGGUAUACAAUAUCUUCACUUCCAGACCAGCCACAGCCACAACAAGUGCAGUUUGUUCCAUCCGGAUCUCAUUACUUGCCUCAGAAUCCACCCGAUCUCCUUUCGGGUUCAUACUACUACUCUAUGUAUCCUCCCUUGCCUCAGCAGCAACCCCAAUUCCAUUUUCCACUUCCUAGACCCUAUCAAGUGUACUAUAUACCGGUUGGGCAGAGCCAACCUUACAAUUUCCAUGUGGUUGAUGCAUCAAAUAUUGCCUCAGGCCAGGCCAAUGUACAUUCCAAUGCUUCUUUCAGUGCUACGACUCAAGUACCUUUGAAGGAGGUCACUCGAAUGCCCGAGUUAACCUCGCAGACAUUCCGAACAACUCAAGCAGCUAACCCACUGGUUCAUGUUCCCUACAACGAAGAUAUACAACAGUCUUUUGUCCACCAACAAAUUCAUGUCCAACCUCAGAAGAGCAGUGUUGCUCCUGGACAAGCAGUUGGCUAUAGUAAUGAGCUGAAGGUUGACGAUGAUCCAGCACGCGCACAGAUAUAUAAAUCUCAGCCUCCGCCACCUGUGCUGCCUUCUCAGUACCAAACCAUGGCAAAGGCCCCGGUAGCAGCGAUAUCAGAAACCUUGGCUCAUCUGCAUAUGGACAAUGCUCAGGCUCAGAUAAAGCCGCAGUGAGUCCAUUUUCGAAAGAAAAGAAAAACGAUUUUGGUAGCAGUUGGUUGGUAUUUUUGUGCUUUCUUUCUUGGUUUCUUGAUUUGUAGGUAUACUUCUUGUGCUUGAAAUAGGAAUCACCUCGUUUGUGUGUCGACCUUUUGAUGCUUAUAACACGUUAAUGAUGUCUUCAUAUACAUACAAACUGUUCGAGAAUGUAUAGAGUGUGCUAAAUGCUUAAUAAAAAAGGUUGUGGUUGAAACAAA